AUGGGCGGCAAUGACCCCGUCCAAGGCUUCGGCCUGACCUGUCCCUCCGGCAGCACCUUUUACGUCUGUGAAAACGACCACAACCGAUUCAUCGGAUGCUGCGGUGUCGACCCCUGCGGAGCCAGAAAGGGACUCUGCCCUGACCAGCAUCUUCACCAGGCCAGCUUCGACAAGGCCUGGGAAGAGUACAUUCCACCUCAAGCUUGCACCAACGACAAUGUCGACGUAGCUUGGCAUGUUUGCUCCUGGUCUACAUCCUCCUUUAUAGGAUGUUGUGCCGUGGAUCCUUGUUCUAGUGGUUGUCCAAGCAGACAAUUACGAGCAGCCAAGUUGAGCGACAAUGCCAAAGACGCACAAUUCUUUCUCGGCGACGGCUAUGUAUAUCCUUCAGAGCCCAGCUAUGCACCCCGUACCAGUCUGAAUCCCAUUACGAGUACGACCCGUUCGACUACUGCAGCCAUAACCGCAAUCUCAAGCUUUUCGACCUCAUACACCCUGGACAGAGCUUCCGAAGCGGACACUUCUACGACUGAACCAGCAGGUCCCAGUCGAAGUUCUGGCCAUUCCAAGGGCCAUCAUUGCUUGAGCGCGGGUGACAUAGCAGGGAUAGUCAUCGGAAUACUAGUAUUCUUCUCCAUCCCAGCUUUGUGUUGGUACUGGAAAGGCCGGAGCCUCAAAAAUAGGGCGAAAGUCAACCCCAACGACACAAAAACUCGCGAAUCUACCCCAUCUGUAGAUAGCAGCACGUUGUUCGAUUCCAGAGAUAGAUCAUCGCCUAUACAGCAGCUAGGUCAGAGCAACACACCUGAGGCUCCGGAUCAAAACAGGCGUCGCCAAAUGCAGCAGAGGCCUCAAUACGACGCAUCUCCUCACGGCCAUAUGAACCAGUCACAGGCUGAGACAUGGGCUCAACAAAGGCCUGAAGUAUCUCUGCAAAGUCAACCACAUCAGGUACCCAAUAUCCCCGGGCGAUCUUGCAGUCCAGCAACCGCGCUACGUGAUUUGCUGCGUCCGCCAGAGUCCUCAAACUUCAAUAUGGCCAGAAAACCUGUUCCGGGUCACACUUUUGAGCUUCACGGAAGUUCUACACCUGAUCCCGCUCCUAUGACAGCGUCACUCAGACCCUCCAGUACUGAGAGCACUGGGACUCCCCGUUCUUCCUACGGUAAAAUACUUGGCCCGGUGAGACCUACAAACGGGUAUGCUUCUACUAGAAGCAGUAACAAUCCAGAUAUCGGGACUGUGACUAACGAGGCCAAUAAAACUCCAACACCCGGUACUAUGAGUCCGACUGGACAAACAAGUGUCGAUUCUCCUCAAACGACACAGCCAGACCCGGUUCCAAAGGAUGGUCCCUCCAGGCACAGAUUGGCGCAAGGACGAUUGUGA